CAAUCAAUCCAAACUCUCUCCACACCCUGAGAGAACAGAGAGGGGAGUCUGCAUUGCUACCCAGGAUUAGACACCCUUCCCUGGGCUUCCCUCGUACUGCACCUGCCUGUCUGACUGCCUGCCUGCCUGGAUGAAUAGACGCACAGAGGCGUGGACGAUCGGGAGGAUACGUGCAGUGUUAGAGAAGAUGCUCUCUAUCUGGUUUCUGAGGACCUAGACCACGUGCUGGAUUCUCAUCUGGUCUCGUAGCUGAGGGAACCUUCUACGGACUUUUUCCUGUUUGACAUCUCAUUCUGGAUUGACAUGGGUUUCUGUCGGAGGAAGGACUGACACUUGAUUGACGGGUCUGCUUGGCAUGUCACUGGUCGAGAGGGGCCAUGGAUGUAUGCUGAGAGGCGGGGCUUGUCCGGGAUGAGGUUCUCAUUGGCUGUGAGAAGACAAUUGGCCCCGCCCAGUGCCACAGCCCUCUCGGACCAUGCAGGUGCUCCAGAUCGUCAAGGAGCUGGUGUCGCCAUCACGGAGACGAGCCGCGGCCAGAUUUGGAGCUUCAGACACAGAGCAGGAUGCUGCGGCCAAACUGGAACAGGAGCGGGCAGAGAUUGUGGCCAAAUAUGACAAGGGAAAGGAGGGUGCGACGGUGGAGCCGUGGGAAGAUGCCAACUUCCACUUGUACAAAGUCAUCGACCGCUUUGGCUUCCUGCAUGAGAAUGAACUGCCAUCAUACGACUCGGUGGAGGAGAAGCAAAAGCACCACGAAUUGGAGAGGAUCUCAAAAUGGCUAAAGAUGAUGAAGAGCUGGGACAAGUACAAGAACAGCGAAAAGCUGAUGCGGCGCAUCUAUAAAGGGAUUCCGCUGCAACUGCGUGGAGAGGUCUGGUGUUUGCUGCUCGACAUUCCCAAGAUCAAGGAGGAGAAGAAGGACUUCUACGAGAAACUGAAACACCGGGCGAGAGGUUUGUCUCCGGACAUUCGGCAGAUCGACCUGGACGUCAACCGCACCUACAGAGACCACAUCAUGUUCAUGCACCGCUACGACGUCAAGCAACAAGCACUGUUUCAUGUCCUCACAGCCUACUCGAUUUAUAACACGGAGGUGGGCUACUGCCAAGGAAUGAGUCAGAUCACUGCUCUGCUGCUGAUCUAUAUGAAUGAGGAGGACGCCUUCUGGGCACUGGUCAAACUGCUGUCUGGACAGAAACACUCCAUGCACGGAUUCUUUGUGCCUGGAUUUCCCAAGCUCAUGCGCUUUCAGGAACACCAUGACCGAAUACUUAAGAAGAUGAUGCCUAAACUGAAACAGCACCUGGACACCCAAGAGGUGCAUACCAGUCUCUACACCAUGAAGUGGUUCUUUCAGUGCUUUCUGGACCGAACUCCGUUCACACUAACCCUGCGGAUCUGGGACAUUUAUAUCCUGGAGGGAGAGAGAGUGCUGACCGCCAUGUCCUACACAGUCCUCAAGCUUCACAAGAAGCACCUGCUGAAGCUGUCUAUGGAGGACCUGGUUGAGUUCCUUCAGGUGGCGCUGUCUAAGGACUUCUUCUUUGAGGACGACUUCGUCAUCGAGCAGCUGCAGAACUCUAUGUCCGAGCUGCGCAGGGCUAAACUCGAGCUACCUCCCCCAGCUAAAGAGGAGGAGUUUCCCAAGAAACCUCUGGGGCAGCUUCCUCCCGAGCCGCUGACCAAUCACGUGGCUAACGGUCAGAUGCCGGGCGGACAGGCCGUGGACGGGCUGGUUUCGCGUGGGCCUAGCCCGGCGGCCAAUCAGAGCCUGAGUGUACCGACGGAGGCGGUUCCAGCUCCCAGCCCCUCCCCCGAUCGUCCGAAAGACAGCCGGCCGCCAAGCCGGACGCGGCGAGACUCCUUGGACAAGCUCCUGCGCCUCGCCAAGGUGGCCAGCGGGGACCGCAGUGGUGGGCGUAACCGCAGCUCCGGUGGCAGCAGCGACGCGGAGUCCCGCAAGCACCACCCCUCGGGCCCCUCGGAGAAGGGCCACUCGCCAGCCCCGACACCCCCCAACGCCACCAGCACCCCGGACUGGGGUCCCCACAAACCCCAGGGGCAGCAGCCGCCUCCGCACCACGCCGCUGCCAACCACAACUCCAACGCGGGGUCCAGUGCACGGCCCGACCGGCCCUUCACCCCGCGCUGGGUCAAGCCCUCCGAGACCAAGCUGGAGGCGGCCAAGGCGGCCGCCAUGCGAGAGACCCACCACAGCCGCGCCGCCUCGCCCGCACCCCCGGUCACCCCGACGACGCCCACCGACCCCUCGGGCCAGGGUCCGGGCCGGCGGCCUCGCUCUCACGGCUUCACGCCAGGCUCCAACCGCGGGUCCAACGCCUCGCAGUACGACAACGUCCCCGGGCCCGAUGGGCUCCCGGUCAUGGAGGUGCUGGAGCUGGACCACCCCCCCUCGCGCCCGCCCUUCGCCACCCCGUCCCUGCGCCAGAGCAGCCCCACGAGGCCCCCUAGUGGCGGCUUCAGCAACAGCAGCGGCGCCCCCACGCGGCAGCCCAGGCAGAACAUGGCCACCGCCGCUGCCGUCCCUCCGCCGAUGCACGCGUCCAACUCCCGCGUUGGCGUUUCCGGCGGCGGUGGCGGCAGCUCGUCAGCGCACCAGUCCCCGCACCACUACUACCCCCCGCCCACCAGGGGACAGCACUCUCCGGCGCGCGCCGCCAUGGUGCCGAUGUACACCACCUUUGGCGCGGACACCCGGUCGCCCGAGGAGCGGACGGUGUACGGCCUGAGCUACGGCGAGCGUGGAGGGGGCUACGCCACCACCCAGCGCCAGCCGCACAGUGCCGGACUCUCGCCCGAGAAAGCCCUGAUGAACAACAUGUACGCCACCUACCGCCGCAGCCCAACCCCUCCCCCCACCCCCAGCAACAAAACCCCCCCCCCCCUCUCCGUGGCCCCCCUGGACCUCAGCGCCCGGCUGGACACUAGCGUGGUCAGUGCGGGCAGUGGCGACGGUGGGCAUUAUGGCGGGCAAUACCUGCCGCAGCGCCAGCACACACCUUACCAGCCCAUGGAGUACCGCUACGAGGCCCGGAGGAGGGGGGGAGAUGAGAGCGCCUCGUACCUGUCCGAGGUGAGGGGAGGCUGGGGAGUUCGGGAGGGCGAGAUGCCCCCCAGGUCCCCUGGAGGCCUGCCCCGCUCGCCCAGUUUCCAGAAGGCGCAGAUGUCCCCUGUGCAGGAGUUCAUCUUCCCCUCUCUGCCGGGCGCGGAUGCAGUACUAGGAACCGUCUACAGGGGGGGCUACCCCCACCAGCCCCAGGAACAGCUGCCGCCGGGCGCCGGCAGACAACCACAGCUCCCCCACCUGUUCGGAGGUGUACACUACAGCCACGCGCAAGAGGCCUUCGCCUUGCAGGAGUCCAUGUUGCUCUGAAGGCCACGGAUGGAGACAGGGGGAUGUGAGGACAGCAGCAGGAGAAGACAAGAAAGAAAGAAAGAAAGGAGAGAAGAGAGAGAGAGGGAAGGAGGAGAGGAGGAAAAGUAUAGACACUUGAAGUGCAAAACCUGAGAAAGCAAUAGAGAAGUGGCCAGGUGUUUUUGUUGUACUGUUUUGGGGUUUGUUUGUCUGUUCAUUUGUUUGUUUGUUGUGAUGUUUUUGUUUGUUUGUUUGUUUAUUUGUUAAUUUGUUUGUGUGUGACAGACUGACUGUAAUACCUUCAGGAGCUGUGCAGUGGCAGAGGUCUGUAAGCCUCAGGCAUUUUUACUGAUAAACUCACAUUUGCGAGGAAAACAAAAUAUCUGACUGAUUGAAAAGAUUUCUUUUUUAUUUUGUUUUUGUUGUUUAAAUAAUCAUUAACCCAGAAUGUUAGCUAUCAAUCCUUGAGAUUUAAAAAUUGUACAGCAUAUCUUUUUUUUCUUCUUUUUUUUGUUAAUAUGGCUGAGUUAUUUAAACUAUUUUAUGAAUAUUGGUGGAGACUCCUGAUAAGAAAGAAAACAACUCAGUAUUUUUGUGUUGAUUUAUUUGUUUCCUCCUUGGUCCAUCUUUAUUUUUUUAAAUGAGUUAGAUUCUUGAGACAUAUAUUACCCUAGAGGUCAAUUUAUUCUAUUAUGCUUGUGAAUAUCAUAUUUUUUGGAGAGAGAGACGAUUUAAGAGAAUAUAUGUUUGCGUUUAUAAGAGUCAUUGAAGAGAGCAGUGAAGGAGAUGUCACUGCGUGUGUUUCUUUUUCAAGCACCUCCACAAGAGUGAUCCCGUCAUUUCCCACGUGAGGGAUUGUCUCUCGUUGUUGUUGUUGUUAUUGUUAUUGUUGUUGUUAUUGUUACUGUUGUUGUUCAUGAUGAUGAAUGCAGUAUAUGAAUCUAUUUGAUCUCCCCUUGUGGGAGCCCCGCACCACCAUGUCUCCACUCCAAACCCCAUUUCAACACACACACACACACACACACACAUAGGCAUCUACAAGCAUACAAAAACACACAAACACACACAAGCAGAAGCACACACACACACACACACACACACACACUUCACCCCAGGGGUCAAUCCUAGUUUAGCUUCAUUCCUGGCCUGUUCCCCAAUUGUCACUCCAGCAUUCCUUUGGGAACAGGAUUUACUUUAUUUGGAAAGCAGACCAUUUCUGUUGAGUUUCACUGACCAAAGGGACAUGUGUGUUCUUGAGUUUCUACUCUGCAACUGACCCAACUGAGACAGGACCUGGAUUGUCCUGCGUCUGAGCAAUAGUUUAGUGUCCUCUCUGUAUUUUACACACACACACACACACACACACUAUACAGAAGUGAAUGAUAGCAUUUGUUUUGGUGUGUGUUAGUGAAUGAAGUUGAGUUGAGUAAAGAGGAGUGAAACACUGGACAUUUGUGAUUUUGCAAUUCAACCCUGACAUUCAAAUCUCUCGCCCUCUCUCAUUCACACACACAUGCACGCACCCACCCACUAAACACAGAGAGAGUGAGAGAAAGAUUCAGUGACUGUGUUGAAUGAGAAUUCCAUUCCAUUUAAUUCCAUAUAUACAUAUAUUAAAUGCAGGCACUCUUUUAAAACUAGUUCAUUCCAAAUCACACACACACAUACACACACACACAAACCUUAAAAACGCACCCUGUUGUCAAGUAUAUGCAUCCUUUCAUUUCAGCCUCUCCAGGUUCUUAAUGGUGUACACAUUUUAUAUUGAUGCGAUGCUUUUUUCUCUUCAGUCAGUAUGAGUACAAUAUCAUUGGACAAUACAGAGUCCUUUGCAUUUUGUUGUUAAAUUACUAAAAAAAAGCGAAGAGGUUAUUGGAUCAUUCUUGAGACAAUUUUCUCUAUCUCUAAUAAACACUGCCUGGGGCAAAACUAUA